GAGCGCAGCCAGCAACCAUACGUUAGGCAGCUCAGUCGAGUGCCAAGUGUCACUGCGUGCGCACAAUCGUACGCCAUUUUCGUCAACGCGAGCAAGCAACAGAUAAGCGAUGUACAAAAACGGACCACCACCUCCAGGCUUUGUGCCGCCGCCUCCGUACAGUCCACAUGCGCCUCCGCCGCAGCCACAAGGCCCAAACGUUGUCAUCAUGACGAGUCCACAAGUUGGACCAGAUCCAACGACGAUGACCUGCCCGUACUGCCAGUCGACUAUCACUACGAAUAUGGAAACUGAGGCUUCGACCAAAACUCAUCUUUUCUUCCUGCUUCUUUGUUUAAUUGGUUGCUGGCCAUGUGCUCCGUGCGUCUACUGUGCCGACAGCUGUAUGGCUAAGAAGCAUUAUUGCCCGAAUUGUCACAAGUUCCUCGGCGUUUAUGACGGCUAGUCGCAAAUCAAGUUUGAGCUGCGCCAAUCGAAUUUCUUAGGCAGCAUUUCUUUUCCUUUCCUUCAGAUUUCUAAGCGUGAUAUUCAAACAAAAAACUCCAAGAAAGUUUGCUGUUUACUGAUAUGCACAAAGUUCUAUCUUUUCUAAAAAAUAUAUUCAAUUACAUGCUUUCAUUGUAAUUUUCAUUAUUGUUUCUACGUAUGUCAACGUGAGAGAUGGCCAUCCAUUUUUUUUUCUAUUGCGAUAUGCACAGUUUUAUAUAAUGCUCUAGUUUUAUAUACAGUUACGUUUUAGAUUUUACUUGAACGAAAAAAAACUAAGUAUAUCUAACAAUAAGUGUUCCCUUGAUUGUUGAAUUGCAAGAGCAUUAAAUGUUUGUACUUUCUAAGAAGUGCACCGUUAAAUGGUCAUUAUUGUCUUUUUGUGAACAAAAAAAGAUAUACGACUAUGAGUCUUAUUGAACUCUAUUCCAAGGAUUGAAUAUUUAUAGGUUUUGCGAAAAUAAAUUUAUUUAUUUUAAACGUA